AGUACACACAGCCUUGACCGGACCCACCUUAUGCAGGCCCCAGGGUCAGAGCCUGCUGCUCACUCCAAGUCUCCCAGGCUCCCUGCAGCUGCUGCCAGCAUGGCCGAGGUCCCUGCUGACCCAGGAGACACAGGUACUUUUUUCCUUCUAAGGACCCGCGGGAGUGCCCGGGCGGGACUUAACUUUUCUUCUGGUUCCUUUUCUUGGUUCAGAUGACAACCACGAUAGGCUAAUACCUGAAGGCACCACCGUAACAAGAGAGGGAGAGAGCAUUGCAUCGGGUUCAAUCCGUGUGCGUUUUGCAGGAACUCUCAGGGGAAGCCCGCUGAGGUUCCCACCUCACUCCCGAGAUCACAGGCAACACAGGUGAAAUGACUCAGGCGACCACGGCUGAGCGUGGGGCCUGAACACCUGCCUUCACUUUCGUUUUGAGGAAGGAGGGCAGUUGCUUUGCUUGUAUGUGGCUUUCCUCCUGCUGCUGUUCUUUUAUUGAAUGGCGCACACGAAACUUAACUGGCACUGAACAUAGCUGAUUCCUAGGGUCCCCACCGAAAGGGUGUGGGCUGGGGGCUGAGGUGCUUUUUGUCUGUCUUUGUUCUGUGAUCAGUAACUAUCUGAACCUCACCAUGAUCUGAAGUAGUCAUGAAUCUCACCAUUUCAAAGAUGGGUAAAUGGAGGUCACACAGCUGGUAGGUGGCAGAGUUUUGGCUCAAACCCAGGAAAAUAUGCUGUGUCAGGGAGGGGGGUUAACUGGGAGUGGCCCAGAAUCCCAGGGUGGGUUCCCAGGUUCCUGUUGUAUUUUCCCAAGGAGACUUGUCAGGGGCACUGGGUAACUGAAUUUAACUUUCCCAGCAGGUUUUCCUUUUAACUGAUGUAUCGUUUACACCUCAUCCCAUUUUGCAAUUUCUGGUUCAGCAGCCAGAAGACUCAGUGGGGGAGGCAAGCCCAGCCUUCACUGCAUGGACCCCAUUUCCUCUUUGGGGUCAGGGGACUGCAGGAGGAGGAAGAGAGAUAGGCUCACCCAGGAGCAGGUUUUUCAGGAAUCAAAACUCUUUUCAAGGCUAGGCAAAGCAUCAGUGGGUGGGACGGGUAUGACAGUCUCGGGGGUAGUGUUUAGUGAGUGAAGUUCAGGCUGGGUGACCCCAGGGGUUGUAAUGCACAUCACCUGCCCCCAGAAGAAAGCAAACAUUCCACCCACAAGAGCAAGCCACAGUGCCCAGCGCAGAGCUGGCAAACAGGUCAUCCCCUAGUGCUGCCCACUCAGAAUCCAGCAAGAACCCAGAAGUCAAAGGGUUGGGCUGCUGCCCUGGGAGGGUAACUUGGUCUUCCCAAGAAAGGCCCUGCUUUGCAUUCCCAUGGUGUUCCCAGGGGCAGACACUUUCUCUCCCAGCGCCAUGCACUGUUGGCUCUGCGCCCACCAGUUCUCUCACUCCCCACAGGGCAGCCGGCUUGGGUUUAUGGGAGCCUGCCUGGGAGGAGUAGAGGCUAUUUGGAAAGUUCCUCUUUGAGCCUAGAGGCAUCCUGCUUAGGACCAUUAACUCUGGCAGAGGGGAGGCGGAAACAGAGGCCUUGGAGGAGAGCCCAUCCCCUGCCCAGGCCAUCUGAGCACACAUCUACCCAGUAGUGGACACUCACUCUUUCAUCCAGUCCCUCCUCCAUCCAAAUGCUGUUAAUAGUUCGUGAGACCCUACUGCAUGCCUGGCCCAUGGCUAGACACAGAACCACUACAGUGAACCUGGCAGUCACAGCAGCGGAUCCCUGGGGACACUCUGCAGGGGACCCACAGGACCAGCGUCCCACCUGCUCAGGGCACUCAGGACAGCCUUCCAGCAUUGGAGUCUGAGUGAGAACUCACACUGGACAGGUGGAGAGGGGGGGAAGAGCAUGCCUGGCAAAGGGAAUGGCAUGCACAAAGGCCCAGGGGUGAGUAUGGCUGAAAGGAAUUCAAACAGGUUGGCACUUGACGGGCAGUAGAGGGUGGGUAAAGAUGAGGCUGGUUCUGCCAGCCAAGAGGAGGGUGGACUGGAGGGAACCUGGACUUGGUGGAACUGCUGUCAUCGAGGGGAUGCUGACAAGGAGUGGGGAGUGGAGGCAGAGGAAAGGAGAAGGGGUUGAGAGAGUCUCGAGCGGCACCACCAGGACUCCAUGGUUGGGCAGCAGGGUGAAAGCUCUGUUUCUGGAUGCCUGCUGGGUUUCUGGGGCGGGGGGGGAUGAACAGUGACAUCGCCCCUGUGGAUGGUGAGCCCGAGGAGCAGAUUCCGCAGGGCGGGGUGGAUGGGGGAUGGAGGGCACCAGGGACAGGCCUCACUUCCCCGGCUCCUCUGCUCCGCCCUUACCCUCCUGCAUCCUGCCGCCUCCACUCUCCUCUGCUCUGAGGACACCUGAGGGCUGACUGUUCUCAUCUGUCCUCCAGUGCUCACACAGGCAGGGGACACUCGGAAGGCCUGGCAGCUCCUCUGGCCACCAGACUGUCCGGCCCAGGUCACUUCUGAGCAGCCCACGCGCCCCUCCCUGAGGACAAGGAGACACUGAUGGGUGUCUGCUUCAACCUCUGUUCCUCCGUCUGCCCUAGACCCCUCUCUGGGGGGCGCCUGAUGGCCCAGGCUGGGUCGUGGGGACCUCAGUUCUGUCUCUGCCCCUGUCUCCCUCUCCCAGACCUUGAGCAGAGGAUUCUGGAGGUGUUGAGGGAUGCUGGCUCCCCUGUGAAGACCACCCAACUGUUAAAGAAAUUGCAAGUGCCCAAGAAGAAGCUCAACCAGCUCCUCCACAAGAUGAAGCAGGAGUCAAAAGGAGUCAUGCUCGCAGGCCCUGCGAUGUGGUGCUUGGGCGACAGCGGGACCAAAGAAAUGGUUCCCACAGAGCGGGUGGAGAGGCCCCAGCAAGAUGCAGUUGCAGUUCCAAAGAAGCCGGGCCCAGAGCUCAGUGAACAGCAGAAAGAGAUCUACCAGUUCCUGGAAGCCCAUGGGCCCCAUAAAGCCCUGAUGAUCGCCAAGGCCCUGGGGAUGAAGACAGCAAAGGAAGUCAACCCAGACUUGUACGCAAUGAGGGACAAGCACCUCCUGGACUUUGACCAGAAAUCAAACUCUUGGACAAUUUAUCAAUCAGGUUCUAGAAAUCAGUCCACCCCAGUUAUUUACCAGCAAAAUCCAAUCAACAUGAUCUGUCAGAAGGGACCAAACAGCCACAUUUCCAUCCAGAACUGUGAAGAUAUCCAGAUUGGACACGGGAAUCUCCUAGUGAGACAAAUGGGAUCUGGGGAAGACGGCUCCACAGCUCCCUGCUACCUCCCUCCAAUGGCUUCUGCUGAUCCCUCAACUCUGGAUUCCCUGGCUGGAUCCAGGGGGCCCCAGGACAUCCGGAUGGAGAAGUCUGUGCUCAGGCGAGUUCAGAUGGGACAUGGCAAUGAGAUGCGACUUCACAGCAACCCAGCCAAGGGCUCUGCCUGCGGCGCCUUUGACAGCCCCCCAGCCUCUGUCCUGGGUACCAGCCCAGAAGCUUCCAUCGAAAUUCAAAUCCCUGAACCAGGACCUCCGUCCGAAGGGGUCACGUCCCAGAGAAUCCACAUUCGCUCCUGCUUCCUCGAGGACACCACCGUCGGCAACAGCAACAGGAUGAUGGUCCACCCGGGGGCAGCUGAUGUCAAGAGAGUCCAAAGGCCUGGGGAAACAGGAGGGGAUGCAGAGCCUCCCCACCGAGAUGCACCAUCCAGAAGCGAGGUCCCUCCUGUUGGCAGUCGGGCCGACCCCGUCAGCGCUGAGACGCUCAUCUCAGAAAACCUGGCAGCUACGACCCUUGAGAGGCAUGACUCCGAAAACACAGAAGACACCUGCUGAGUGAUGGACCUGAAGAGCCGGUGUCCCCAGAGGGGUGGGACUCAGGGCAAACAGCCUGCAGGCAGACACACAGAAAGAGCCUGGGGGCGGGUGAGCUCUCUGCUGCCAUGUUAUUUUUUACCUUCUCGCCUCCGGACACAUGACCAGUGUGGGUCAGCAUUUGGGUUGGACCCGGCAUGGUGUGAGGGCUGUGUCGAGGCAGUCUGAGUGCGGCUUGGAAUAGUUUCCAGAAAGGAGUGAGUUUAUUAAGAACAAAGGCCAGAAGUAAAGUGGGCACUGCAAUCACAGUGGGCCGUCAGGUCCCGACAGGCCUGAGCAGCUGCUGUCCAAGUGCUGUCCCCUCCCUAUGUUGUGGCCAGGUUUGUCCUGCUCUGUCCGGGUCUGGUCUCUUGAUGGCUGCUCUGCUUCCUGUCACCAGGCUCAGUUCCUCCGGCCACCCCUGCCCCUACCAUCUAUCCCCGCUGUGUGACCCCUCAGCCUGAUGGGCAGA